ACACCACUGCUCUGUCAGUCAGUCAGUCGUUAGAGAGACAGGAUGGAGUUCAGUCCACUCGCUGUGAUGCUCUUGCUGAUUUCACUUACACCAGUGCCACAUGCUCAAGAGAGACCACAGCCAGUACUGAGAGUAUCUCCACAGAGCUGGCUGACUGAAGGAGACUCAGUGACUCUAAGCUGUGAGGUUACAGACUCCUCUACAGACUGGACAUUCAGCUGGUACAGAGAGAUUCUCUACAGAGACAAUGAUGGCCGUAUCAGGUAUAGAGUGGUGCCCCUCUCAGACAGCAGCAGAGAAUCUGGAGGCUCCUACACUCUCAGUCCUGCUGCUCUUAAUCACACAGGAGUUUAUGUGUGCAGUGCAGCGAGAGAAGAACGACCCUUUUCCACAGAGUACAGCCUUCCACAGCCACUAUGGAUCACUGGUGAAUCUCCUCCACUCUCUCUGAUCAUCAAUCCCAACAGAACUCAACACUUUACUAAAGACUCUCUGUCACUGAGCUGUGAGGACCAGAGUAACUCUACUGGAUGGACAGUGAUUCGAAACACACACAGUGCGAUAGUGUCAGAUUGUUCAUGGCGGGGAUCAGUUACAGGAUCUACAUGUAAAAUCGGCUUCCUCUACACAUCCGACACUGGAGUUCACUGGUGUGCGUCUGAAUCUGGAGAAAACAGUAAUCCUGUCAACAUCACAGUGCAUGAUGGUGAUGUGAUCCUGGAGAGUCCUGUCCAUCCUGUGACUGAGGGACAUCCUCUGACUCUACACUGUUUAUAUCGCAACACAAAGCCCUCAAACCUGCAAGCUGAUUUCUAUAAAGAUGGAUCAGUUCUCCAGACACAGACUACAGGAGAAAUGAUCAUCUAUAACGUCUCAAAGUCAGAUGAAGGUUUCUACCACUGUAAACACCCAGAGAGAGGAGAGUCACCCAAAAGCUGGGUCUCAGUCAGAGCGUCAGGUCCAUCAGGUGUAGAAGCUCCAUUCUCAGUGCUCAUGCUGAUCAGUAGUGUAGUGACGGCCUCUCCGUAUCUGCUGGUGACCAUCAUUCUGCUGGUCAAAUGUUACAGAGCUCGAGCUGAAACUAAUGAAAGGAGAAUGGAGAAUGCAGUCAUAGAGGAGUGAGCAAACUUCAUGUUUUAAAAGAGGAUGCAAUGCUGUUUUCUUUAAGGUUAUUUUGGGAAUGUUAUAAUAAAACUGAUUUGUUGCUUUAAUUUCAUACUGUUAACACAGACAGCUUUGUUGUUCUGACUUGAUUUGUUUAGCUAAUGCCUGCAAACGUUGCUAAUGCAAAGUACUGAGUAAAAAUAAACAAGUAAAAUAUUCUUUAAAAUACAAAAACAGAUGACAAAAGCUAAUAUUUUGAUGGAGUGUUUGAGGAUUGAGAUGUGCUUCUGCAAAAAAAAAAAAAAAGAUAAAAUCUAUCAUGCUAUGUUUGAAAUGAAAAUGUGUAAAUGUGCUAUUAAAACCUCAGACUAUUUCAUGUAACAUUGCUGAUCAUCAUUUUGGUGCUGAGUGUUGAGAGCAGCCUUGAGGUGUGUAUUUUAUAUUUUGUUUGACUUUUCUUUUCAGCUGAGUGAACUUUAAUUGUAGUUGGGAGAGGAGAUUUAUGCGUGGAGUGUUGCAAUAAUGUAUCACAUGAAGUACAAGUAAACUCAAGUGAACAACUACUCCUGUUCCUUUUUAAAUAUCAACAUUUCUGUUUUGUAUUUUUAUACAAUCAAGUCUGUAGUAGUAAAACAUGUAUUGAGCCGAAAUAAUAAAAAUUAACCACG